AUCGCGGGGCGGCUGAGCGCGGGAGCCUCGGCAGGGAACAAACAGGUGUGUCGGUGCUAAAACCCUACGCAAUGCAACACAGGGCUAGAGAUGCAGUCCCACCCAUGGCUGAGCAUGCUCCCGUUGCUCCGCCUUGAUUCGGAGGACUGUUUACUCGGGAGUAAACCCCACCAAGAAACUUCUCGUUGCAAGUAGUCGCGAAGCGUUUGCACCGCGUGGGUGUUGCGUAGAGGUGUGUCUCUCUCUCUCUUCUAGUGGAAUCCAAAACAAGACUUCCGAGAGCGUGUUUUAUGGUGGUUUCCCCUCCCCCCCCCGUUAAAGAAACACGAUGGUGUUCUGGCUGAGGUCUCCGAAAUUCCUGCUUUGGACAAUAAACUCCAGAAAAGUUGUCGGUUCCUGUUGGGUCGCAGGCCGGAGAUGCCAGCGGUGCCACACCGGCCAAGCUUCGGCUACUGAAACCCCCGUGGGAGAGGAAGCGUCUUACCCGCUGUAUCCCGGCCACAUCCCCACCAGCCCUCUGCAGAAAGCGCUGCUGACCGUCGGCUCCGCGUUUAUGGCUCUCUACGAUCCUUACCGGCAUGAUAUGGUGGCCGUUCUGGGGGAGACAACAGGCUCCCUUGCUCUGCAGAAGCUCCGGGAAAGGAUGAGGAAUGACCCCGAGGGACAUCAAAUACUACAAGAGCGCCCUCGGAUACGUCUUUCCACGCUGGAUAUCACUGGGCUUCGGGCGCUUCCAGAGGGGACAUUUGGCCGGGAAUAUGUUCGCUUUUUGGAUGACAAUAGGGUUUCCCCGGACACCAGGAUGCCCACCAAGUUUGUAGAUGAUGAGGAAUUGGCCUACGUGGUCCAGCGGUACCGGGAAGUCCACGAUCUGAUGCACACGCUCCUUGGCAUGCCCACCAACAUGUUAGGGGAGGUGGCAGUAAAGUGGUUUGAGGCUGUCCAGACUGGCCUGCCCAUGUGCAUUCUGGGAGCAAUGUUUGGCCCUGCUCGUCUCAACACCCGGAAACUUUAUGUCCUGACCACUGAUCUUAUCCCUUGGGCUGUUAGGAGCGGAAGUAACGCCAGCUGCAUCCUAAAUUUCUAUUAUGAGAAGCGCUGGGAGCAAACGGUAGAGUCCCUCCGCAACGAAAUCGGGAUCCUGCCGCCCCCGGUCAUUGGGGUGUGAAUUCACUCCAGGAAAAAGGAACGACAUCUGAACAUGAUGACCCCCCAGAAGUCAACGGAUUAAAUCCUGGCAUAUUAAAUACACUUUGCUGUAAAUCCACUGGAACACCGAUGGGCUAUCCAACCGAGAGACUAAAUGCUUCUACAUUGCUUAUCUUUUAUAUUAAAAAAAAGAAGAGGAGACUGAA